CCCGUCCCUUGAGCUCCAUAUGAAGUAUGACAUUGACUCAACCAUAUAAAUAGGCACAUUAUCACAGGCAACAUGACACCAGUAUGGAAGCUUGUGCUUUGUGUGUUGGGGUGGGUGAUGGGACAAUAGUUGAUCAUAUGACUAUAUGGCUAUUGAUAGAGCUUUUGUCAACAGUUACGACUAGCUUGAGUGUCUCCGCAUUUGUGCACGCAGCUCAGGACGAAUACACACACAACUGAAGCUACGAAGAUGUGGAAGAGAGAGAAAAUGUGGAUGAUCAAGCCACCUUCUGAGCACCCAAAGGAGUCAAAAUAUAAACCAGUGCUUGAGAGUUUGCUCCCUCGUGACCCCAUGAGCAGGUUCAAUCUGAAGAGAGGAUCCCCUAAAGAUGAGUUCCCAAACCUGGACAGGAACUACACGCUCAUGGGCCGAAUCCUCAACCUACACAUGUACACUCGUCAGUUCAAUCGGGCCACUGAGAGCGGGGUCAUUUUUGACGACAUCAUACGCCCUGGCCUUGAGGAUCCAGGGGAGCCCACUGGACCAAAAGCAGUGGGGUGUUUAGCAGGAGAUGCUCAAUCCUAUAUCCUCUUCUGUGACUUUUUUGAUCGGAUUAUUGAGUGUUACCACGGCUACAAGAUCACCAGUAACACUGUUCAAGAGAGCGACUUCAAUUAUGACAACUUGAAGGGAGGUGAUGACUUCGACCGAUCAUUUGUUUUGAGCUGUGAGGUGACUGCAGCCCGCAGCAUUGAGGAUUACUGCUUCCCUACACACUGCAGCAGAGGAGAGCGCAGACAGCUCCACACACUGGCCAAAACCGUUCUGGAUGAAAUGGGUGAGGAUCUUCCAGGAAUGUUUUACUCAAUCGAUGAACUCAGUCAUGAGAGUGAAGAUCGCAGUGUUGUUAUGGAUUCUCCACCAUUAUCUCUCAUAAAGAUCGGUGUGGCUCGUGACUGGCCUGAUUCUAGGGCCCUAUGGUUGAGUAAGGAUGGAACCCUGGCAAUCUGGGUGAACAUGGAGGACCAUCUAAAACUGGUGUCUUUCAGAAGUGAUGCUAACCUACAAGAGGCAUUUAAAACUAUCUGUAUCAACCUGCUAAAGAUGGAGGUGCUGUAUAAGAAACAAAGGCAUCCAUUUAUCUGGAAGCCUCACCUGGGCUGGGUGGUCAGCUCACCGGCUGAAGUGGGCACAGGUCUAAAGGCAAGCGUUACAGUCAAACUGCUACACCUCGCAGAGAACAAACGCCUGGAUGAUAUUCUGGACAGACUACGACUUCAAAUUGAAGCAACUAGCUGCCCGGGUGUUUACAAAAUCAGCAACUUGCAGACCAUUGGUUUUAAUGAAGUCGGGCUGAUGCAGAUAGUGGUGGAUGGGGUGAAACUUCUCAUUCGAAUGGAGAAGAGGUUGAAAAACAACGGCGGCAUCGAUGACCUGGUGCCUGCUCAGAAAUAAAGAAGCCAUCAUGGGGAAGUUCACAGAAACGACCAACAUCAUUGUUUGUUUAAUGAGAACUGAAGUAUCUGAGCUCUGGUGGCAAGCCUGCUCUUCUGAUCAGAGCUAUGAAAACAGAAGGGACUUUGCAACACUUUUUCGUUUAUGAUUGUAAAUUGCUUGAUAUGACAGAAAUUUUGAGAAUUUGACUGGUUUCUUCAGCUGUAGUUUCAAUAUAAAAGUGUGAAUCACAUGAAGAAAUAUGAGCCUGGCUCAAAUUUAGCAUUUUUUUCAUACUAUGGUAGUAAGAAUGAGAUGUUUCCACAUUACAGUAAUGGAAAAUAGAUUUUGUUUUUCAAAUUA